UUGCUGAGAAGGAAGAAGAGUAUCAAAAAGAUGCCCUGAGGACAGCAAAAGAAGCAGCAAGUCUCCACUCUUUGCAGCCUCAAAACUGCAAAGAUGUUGCCUGCUGAGUUUGGUGACCUGUUGAUGGAAGAGUACAUGGGAGACAAUGAGGACCCCCAAGUCCUCCAACUCCAGUUCCAUGAGAUGAUGGCAGACUCUAUGUUCGUGAUUCCUGCACUCAAAGUAGCACAUUUUCAUUGUUCCCAUGGCACUGUCUACUUCUAUGAAUUCCAGCAUCUUCCCAACUUCCUCAAAAACAGCAGGCCACCCCAUGUGAAGGCUGACCAUGGUGAUCAUGUUUCCUUUGUCUUUGGAAACUUCCUAUGGGGCAAGAAAGCUCUCUUCACUGAGGAGGAGGAGCUACUAAAUAGGAGAAUCAUGAAGUAUUGGGCCAACUUUGCACGAAACGGGAACCCCAAUGGUGAGGGCCUGCCCCACUGGCCUGCCUUGGACAAUGAGGAGCUGUACCUGCAGCUGGACAUUGAGCCUACUGUGGGCCGUGCCCUGAAGGCCUCCAGGCUGAAGUUCUGGAUGGAGACCCUGCCCCGGAAGAUGAAGGAACUAAAGGGUGCUGAGGAGAAGCACACAGAGCUGUAGCUCCGUGUGUGUGGGAGGGAAGGGUGGGCGUGAUUGCACGUAGGGUCUGCCUUGAUGACACACACCCACACAUUCACACAGCCAUUCGUCCACUCUUCAUGCCUCCAUCUAGCCCUAGCUCAUGAAGAAUCUCCUGCAUAAUGUUCAUUGCCAAACCUGCUUUGUGUCUCCUCUUAUUAGGCACUCAUUGUAUUCCCCACUGCUGUUGCUUGUAUCUAGAUUUCUGUCAUGUGGACAUAGGUGUGGCUUUCCAGAGGUGCCUGGAUAUAGGGUGUGUGAUGCUGAGAUCAAGUAUGUGACGCUGGUAUUGAUUCAUGGUGCAAUGCUAGGAUUUCAGGUGCCUCACCCUGGGUGUGAGUGAUACCCACCUAUCAUUCUUUUAUUAAGCAA